AUGGCUUCAUUAAUGCUGAAUAAUACUAGAAGGAUUACUUUAGAACUAUUAAAGAAUGAUAUUAUUGCCUCCAGUAUGAUUAAUCUUUCAAGAUUGCCAGCCUUCCUUGCUUCAAGGAAGUGCUGCAUGUCAAGUAAAACUGAAACAUUAAGAUAUCAAGAUACCCAGUCAACACACUCUGCAACUGUUCCUCAUAUUCCUGUCAUGGCAGAGGAAGUAUUGGAGCUUCUUAAACCAAAAGACAAUGAUGUAAUUCUAGAUAUGACUUUUGGAGGUGGAGGCCAUUCUUGUAAAAUUUUGGAAAGUUCUCCAGGCGUUCGAAUUGUCUGUUUAGAUAGAGACCCAGUUGCCUUCGAAUAUGCGAAAGAGUUACAAAGAAAAUAUCCAGAGAGGAUCCUGCCUCUUUUAGGGAAAUUUAGUGAGUUACCCGAGCUCUUCUCAAAACUGAAAUUGAAGAAAAACUUCUUUAAUGGCGUACUGAUGGAUUUGGGUGUGUCGUCAAUGCAAUUUGGUACUCCGGAACGUGGCUUCAUGCUUAGCCAGGAUGGACCUCUUGACAUGCGCAUGGAUAGUAAUCGAGAUCCGAAACAGAUGACGGCUUCUGAUAUAUUGAGUCACAUUGAUGAAGGUGCCUUAUACAAGAUUCUCAAAUAUUAUGGCGAAGAGAAAAAUGCUCGAUUGAUUUCUCGUGGUAUAGUUGAAUCACGUUACUUGUUCAAGAAGCUUCACACCACCAGAGAAUUGGCAGAACUUGUGAUGUCAUUGAUUGGAGAGCAAAAUAGACUAGACAGUCUACAGAGAUAUUCUCAUCCAGCAACCAAAACUUUCCAGGCACUUCGAAUCCUUGUAAACAAUGAGCUAAAUGAACUAGAUUAUGGCCUUCGUCUAGCUCAUUAUUAUCUCCAAACUGGUGGUGUUUUAGUGACUUUAUCAUUUCAUUCGCUGGAAGACACAAUUAUUAAGCGUCAUAUAACAGGUGUGGAUAUUGACAAGACUCCUGCAAGUAUAGGGUUAGGUGUAGCAAAACAUCGAAGUGCUUUAUCCACAUAUUCAGCCAUGGAAAUAAAAGACAUAAUGACUAAGAAUUGGACUUCAUUAAUAAAGCAUGUUGUCUUGCCCUCGGAGGAAGAAGUUGUAAACAACCCUCGAGCUAGGUCUGCCAAACUCCGGGCAGCUCUCAAGGCAUGAGUGUGCAUAAUGAACUCUUGGAAGGAAUUCAGAUGCAUCAAGUAAUACAUUACAGUAAGAGAAUAAUUUUAUACUGUGAAAUGUACUCUACAAUUUAUUUUUGGGACAAAAAUAAUGCAGAUUGAAACCUUCUUGUAUAGCAAUUUUGAUUGUAAAAUAAUUUCUUGAUAUGGAA